GCGCCGCUUCAAAAUCGACUUUCAGUCACCACAGCCUUCCAUUACCUCCAGAGCCCUGGCACUCUUUCUGCCGUCUCUUCCUCUUGCAAAUUGCUUCUACCCAUCCGUUUCCCGUUCAUCACAUGGCUUUGUCCUUCUCCGGAAGAUUUCAUCCCACCUUUUCUUUCUCUUCUUCUUCGAUCUUAAGCGCGAUCAUUGCUCGGUUUAUGAACUCCUCCGAUUCGAACUUUACUUGUUGUUUUCAUCCGGUUUAUUUUCGUGCUCAGCUCGCUAGUUCUUGAUUCCGGCAAUUGAGGGAAAGAUUUCGCGAUGGGGAGGCGAAAGCAGAAGACUGUUGAGGUAGAUCAGCUUGACGAUAGCGAUGCUGAUAGCGUGGAGUCUGGUUCGACGGUUCUGUCAGACCAUGUUUUGCUCAUGAGAUGGAGAGCGUUGACUCGCAGGAGUUUUCUCUUGAGAAAUACCUUGAUGCUCUGUAUGAGAAGAGAGGUUCAACAAGAGAGAUGGCUUUGGCUGGGCUUGUUAGUGCAUUUGAAGGCCAUGUGCUUCUUGACUUCAUAGAGGACAGAUGUAUUACUUUAUUACAUCAAUAUAUCACUUCGUUGAAACGGGGUUCUGUAAAGGAGGCCUGCCUGGCUGCCCGUGCUGUUGGUUUGCUGUCCAUCACUGGAGGGACUGGCAGCAAUACACAUGAAAUUAUGGAGGAAUCAAUACCACCUCUCUCUCGUGCUCUUGUGUCAGGACCUGAUGCAGUUAGGAUUUUCGUACUGGAUUCUCUAGCAAUUGUCACUUUCGUUGGUUCAAAUAACUGGGAGGAAACUGAUAGAAUUAUGAAAGUUAUAUGGGAGAUCAUUCAUCCAAAAUCACUUUCUAAGGCUGGAACAAUUACGAAAGCGAGCUCAGCUGUAUUGGUGGCAGCUCUAUGUGCAUGGUCAUUUCUUCUGACAACCUUGAGUGGUUGGAGGGUCGAUCUGGAUAUGUGGACUGAGAUCAUCUCUUUUCUUUGUAAUCUUCUUGAAAAAGGCGACCGUGCAGUCCGAAUAGCUGCCGGUGAAGCCAUAGCUGUCAUUUUUGAGAUAGUGAUAGCUGGCAAAUUAUCUACUGUGACUAAUGAUCUUGAGAGUCUGGAGGACAUGCCUUCAAAACCAAAAUGGUUCGUUUACUUAUUGUCAUUGAAAGAAAAAAUAACCUCACUCGUUUCAGAUCUUUCAAUGGAGGCAGGGGGCAAGGGUACUGAUAAAAAAUGUUUGAAUGCUCAACGCGACACAUUUCAAAAGAUCUAUGAUUAUCUUAUGGAUGGUAAACGUCCUGAGACAUCAUUAGUAGUUUCCAAGAAGCAAGGAGUGCUGACAACUUCAACUUGGACUAAAUUGAUUCAGUUGAACUUCCUAAAGCACUUUCUUGGAAGCGGUUUCCUCAAGCACGCACAGGAUAAUGAACUACUGCAUAAUGUGUUUGAUGUUAUACCACAUGCUGAAAGUAGUCUAUCAGCCUCACAAAAGAGGAUUGCUAGAUCAUCUGGUGACAGAAUGAGAACUCAAGAGCUGAAGAAGGAUCGCCACUUGGCCCAGCUUAGGAAAGGUGCUCUUCUGUUUAACGCUCACAAUUAGCAAGUUUGCUAUUCCCAGCUGAAAAUUUAAGAGAUUUUAUCCAUGGAUAGAUCCUCUUCUUCAGUUCUGAAUCUCUUUAGAUUUCUUCUCAUUUCUGUAUCAGAGCAGCGCCUUUCACUGGACACAGAACUUUGAAACAUAAUUUAAGAACAUAUUUUUUUUUUCUGGUCUUUUUAUCUGAUAUUUUUCUAUAUUUUAGUUGAUGAGAGUCUGCAUUGGAGAAACUUUUGAAUUGUUUAUCUAUUGCUGUUUAUGAAGGCAAUUUAUGAAGGCCAAUUGUUAGAUGA